CCGAACUGGUUAUGGCGGAGAAGGGAGGAAAAGGGUUUUCGCUGCCCAGUAAAGCGGUCAAGUCCUCUCUCAAAUCCGCCACUCCUAACGGAGCAUCUGCGAAAGGCAAGGACGAUAGCUCUGCGAAGUCCAAGAAGGGAAGGAAGGUUCAGUUUAAUUCCGAAGGUCUGGAGGAUGGAAUUUUUAGCUUCUCAUCUGGUGGCAAAGGGGACGGUUUGUUGAAUAAAUUAAAUUUGGGCAAAGGAGGGAAAGGAGAUAAGACUGGCAAUGCUGCAAAAAGUUCUGCUCCCAAAGAACCGGUUCCUCUAGAGCUCAGAGUUGAGCAAGAACUUCCAAAACAUGCCAAAUGUCUGAUGGACUGUGAAGCUACUGAAAUCUUACAAGGAAUCCAGGAGCAAAUGGUCAUAUUGUCUGAGGAUCCAACGAUCAAAAUUCCUGUAUCCUUUGACCGUGGAUUGCAGUAUGCCAAAAAUGGAAUUCACUAUGCAGAUCCGGCAUCAGUGAGAAGAGCUCUAGAGCCUCUUACACAAUAUGGUGUCACUGAGGGCGAGAUAUGUGUCAUUGGGAAUGUCUGUCCAGAAACCCCGGAUGAAGUUUUUGCUCUUGUUCCAUCCUUGAAGGCUAAGAAAAGCAAGCUUGCUGAGCCUCUCAAAGAUGUUCUGGCUGAACUAGUUAAGCUCAAAAAGGCAAUGUGACAACAUGACAGCCCUGCAGAGAUCUGCACUCUGCAGUAAGAUACCGCAGUUGCUGAUUGACUGACAUGGCUUCUUCUCCCUUCUUGCUUUUCCUUGAUGCUGAUUACCGCCUGGUCUUUAAUGUUGACUGCAGGUUUUUUUGGUUUAUAACGUUUACUGUUUUGCUGCUCUCGGAACUCAGGGUAGAGUAGUUUGGUGGGUUAGAUUGUUUGUACAGCUUCACCUAGCAGAACAAGAAGCAGUAUCCUCAGGACUUUCCUGCAUCAUUUUGUCACUUGUCUGAUUCAUUUAUUUACUUGAAUUUAGAGAUGCAAGGUUUGCCCGUGGAACAGUGUUGCUGAUAAUUUAGAAGUGUAUUGUGCAUGUGUUGACUCCCUGAA